GACAAAGCUUGCAAACGCAAUGUAAUCGUACAGCUGGGAACCGGAGCUGGAAAGACGUUCAUUGCUGUAUUGUUACUAAAAGAGUAUGCCCUUCAGAUAAUGAAACCAUAUGGAAGUGGGGGGAAAAGAGCGUUUUUCGUGGUGGAUAAAGUUGCUCUUGUUGAUCAACAAGCGGAGCACAUCCAGUGUCACACCACCCUUAGCGUUGGCAAGAUGCAUGGAAAUUUGAACAGCAAUCUCUGGGAUAAACAAGACGGGUUCGAUGAAUUUAUGUCUGUACAUAAUGUAAUUGUAAUCACUGCCCAAGUCUUCUUGGAUUUAAUAGAUCAUGCAUAUUUCAAUAUUGCAAGGUUGGCUCUUGUGAUUUUUGAUGAAUGUCAUCAUGCGCUAGGUGUGAAGCACCCCUAUCGGGUAAUCAUGGAUAGGCUUAUGCGAGUACGGGAAGAAGAUCAGCCUAGAAUCUUGGGUCUCACAGCUUCCUUGAUCAACGACAAAACUCCCCCAAGGCAGUUGGAGGCGAAGCUUUCGAAGUUGGAGUGUGUUUUGAAUAGUGCCAUCGAGACUGCUUCAGACUUGGUUGCG